ACGCCGCUGCUGAACAUGGAGCGUUUGCUGCAUGCGGUACGCGAGGAAUUCCAAACAGAAGAUGAGUACGUAGAGGAGGAAGCUGACGCCAGCAGCAGUAGCAGCAGUAGCAGCAGUAGCAGCAGCAGCGUCGCGUUGACGUCAGCGUCGAAUCAGCAGAGCGAACUCUUUGCCGCAACGCCUGCAUGCACUGGGGCAAUGGGUGUAGGCGCGGUCGGGGGCGCCGCUGCGGGAACUGUGCGUCGCUUUCGACGCUCCUCGAUUGGCAUGCAACGCAAGUCGGCAUUCCGCCAAAGGAAACUCGACUCGCUAGGGGCGUGGCGGCGCAAGAGACGUACGGCCUCUUCGAGCAAUGCCCGUAGGCCGAUACGCAUUGUGCCGGACUGGACGGAGAAUGCGGUGCAGGGCGAGCAUUACUGGAAGCCCACCUCGGCCUCGGGUGAUCUCUGCUGUCUCAACGAGGAGUGCAUUAAGAGCGGACAGCGCAUGAAGUGCUCGGCUUGUCAGCUGAUUGCACAUCAGAAUUGCAUUCCAAUAGUGAAUGAAAAGACUCAGCUAGCGUGUAAGCCAACCUAUCGGGAUGUGGGCAUCAGGCAGUACCGGGAACAGACGACCACCCACCACCACUGGGUGCACCGCAAGCUGGAGAAGGGCAAGUGCAAGCACUGUGGCAAGGCGGUGCAGAGUAAACUCUUUGGAUCAAAGGAAAUUGUCGCCCUAUCCUGUGCAUGGUGCCACGAGAUUUACCAUAAUAAGGAGUCGUGCUUCAAUCAGGCCAAGAUUGGCGAGGAAUGCCGCCUGGGCAACUAUGCGCCCAUCAUUGUGCCACCGUCAUGGAUUGUCAAGCUACCGAAUAAGGGCAACUUCAAGUCCUCGAUACGUGUGAGCAACAAGACCAGUUCGGCCGGUGGUGCGGCUGGCGGUGGGGCUGGUUCUGGCGCUGGUGGCAAGAGUAAGAAGAACACCCAGAAACGCCAGAAGGCCAAGGAGGAGAAAAAGGAGCCGCGCGCCUUCAUUGUGAAGCCCAUUCCAUCGCCGGAUGUAAUACCGGUUAUUGUCUUUAUCAAUCCAAAAUCUGGUGGCAAUCAGGGCGUCAAGCUAUUGGGCAAGUUCCAGCAUUUGCUCAAUCCACGCCAGGUAUUCGAUCUGACACAAGGUGGUCCCAAAAUGGGUCUGGACAUGUUCCGCAAGGCUCCGAAUUUACGCGUGUUGGCCUGUGGCGGCGAUGGCACCGUCGGUUGGGUGCUAUCCGUACUGGAUCAGAUCCAUCCACCGCUGAUGCCGGUGCCGGCGGUGGGCGUCUUGCCACUGGGCACCGGCAAUGAUCUCGCCCGAUCGCUCGGCUGGGGCGGCGGCUAUACUGAUGAGCCUAUUGGCAAGGUACUGCGUGAGGUCGGCAUGUCGCAGUGCGUCCUAAUGGAUCGCUGGAGUGUCAAGGUGACGCCCAACGAGGAUGUGACCGAUGAUCAUGUUGACCGCAGCAAGUCGAAUGUGCCGUUGAACGUGAUUAACAAUUACUUCAGCUUUGGCGUGGAUGCGCACAUUGCGCUUGAAUUCCAUGAGGCACGCGAGGCUCAUCCGGAACGCUUCAAUUCACGGCUACGCAACAAGAUGUACUACGGCCAAAUGGGCGGCAAGGAUCUGAUUCUGCGCCAAUAUCGCAAUCUCUCGCAGUGGGUGACCCUCGAGUGCGAUGGCCAAGAUUAUACAAGCAAGCUACGCGAUGCCGGCUGCCAUGCUGUGCUCUUUCUCAACAUACCAAGCUAUGGCGGCGGCACACAUCCCUGGAACGACUCUUUCGGUCAGACUAAGCCCAACAUUGAUGACGGACUCAUGGAGGUCGUGGGCCUGACCACCUAUCAGCUACCCAUGCUGCAGGCGGGCAUGCACGGCACCUGCAUCUGCCAGUGCCGCAAGGCCCGCAUCAUCACCAGACGUACCAUUCCCAUGCAGGUCGAUGGCGAGGCCUGUCGCGUCAAGCCAUCCAUCAUUGAGAUCGAGCUGCUCAACCAGGCGCUUAUGUUGUCCAAGCGCAAGCACGGACGCGGAGAUGUCCAAGUCAAUCCGCUGGAGAAGAUGCAGCUGGGAAUUUUAAGGGUAACCAUGCAGCAAUACGAGCAAUACCACUACGACAAGGAAAUGCUACGCAAGCUGGCCAACAAGCUGGGACAGAUUGAGAUUGAAUCACAGUGCGAUUUGGAGCAUGUGCGCAGCAUGCUGAAUGCCAAGUUCGAGGAGUCCAUAUCGUAUCCUAAGGUCUCGCAGGACUGGUGCUUCAUUGACUCGUGCACUGCUGAGCAUUACUUUCGCAUUGAUCGGGCCCAGGAGCACUUGCACUACAUCUGUGACAUUGCCAUCGACGAACUCUAUAUACUGGAUCAUGAGGCGGCCACCAUGCCGCAGACACCGGAUCAGGAGCGCUCGUUCGCGGCAUUUUCGCAGCGCCAGGCGCAGAACGAACGGCGACAGCUGGAUCAGACACAGGGACGCGGCACUGGCACUGGCACUGGCACUGGCACUGGCACCGGCUCUGGCACCGGCAACGGUACCGGCACCGGCACGGAUGAGGACUUGCAAAUUGGCAACAAGCCCAUUAAAGUGAUCAAGUGGAAGAGCUGCAAAGAUCGUUUAUUCAGUUUUAACGAAGAUGUUUUUGGUUAUGGAUUCAGCCCUAUACUGGAGCAAACUUCCGAUGCCAUACUACUAGCGGCCCAGAGCGGCGAUCUGAAUAUGUUACGUGCACUACAUGAACAAGGAUACUCAUUACAAUCAGUGAACAAGAACGGGCAGACGGCGCUGCACUUUGCGUGCAAAUACAACCAUAAGGACAUUGUUAAAUAUAUCAUCUCAUGUGCCACACGCCGGGUCAUCAACAUGGCGGACAUGGAACGCGGUCAGACAGCUUUGCACAUUGCCGCAGAGCAAAAUCGCCGCGACAUUUGCGUCAUGUUGGUGGCAGCUGGCGCCAAUUUACAGGCACGCGACGCCGGCGGCAACACGGCUAUGAUGGUGGCAUUCAACAAGAAUGCCAACGAAAUAGCCACCUAUUUGGAAAGUAAGCUGCGCGCACGGCUGAUCCAUCCUUAUCAACACCAAAGCCAAAUAGCCAGCCGCCAAAUUCCAUGUAGUGCUCGCAUAGAACAUCAUCAUUUUAAUUCCCAGCUGCAAAAACAUGUCCCGAAUCCUUGUGGUUACUUAGCUAAUGUGCACGAUUUUUCCCCAAUUGCUGCCAACAAAUGGAAAAUGUCUGCUCCAACAAACUGAUUCAACCGAAAUACUUGCAAAUGAAAACUCAACCAACAAUUACAACUAAAAUGAACAAACAACUCAACGUGAAUAUAAAACAUUCCAAUUCCAAAUGCGACAAAUGAAACUUACCCAAGGUCAAGAACGUUUCAUGCAUUUGGAGCUGCAAACCAGAAUUUAAAGCCAAAUUUAAUUGAUAACAACAACAAAAACAACAGGAAAAACGACAACAAGAAAAACAGCAUAAUUUGCAAAAUUAGUUUUAAAGACAAAAAACUGUUGCCUACUUACGGGCGCGCAGAAUUAAGCUUCAUAGUUUGAAAUUUUUGUUGUUAGAUUCUUGCUAUAUUUUGAGCAUAUAUAUAUAAAU